CCUGAAAAGAGUUUCAAAAAUCGUCUUAAAAAAACUAAAUUUAAAUGAUAUUCAAGUUGACCAAUUGCUUGAUAAGAUGCAGUGGAAGAGCUGGAUUCGACCGGUUUUGAUUUUCAUCUAUUUUAUCUUUCUAUUCAUUGUAACUCCACUGAUCAUUUGGAAUACAGUAAAGGAUGGCUUCGAAAGGCGAAAUCAGCUUAUACUCGUUGGAUCGCUGUUUGUCUUCUGUGCAUUGCCUAUUAGCUUUUUUCACUUUGCACAACAUCUCAAGCACUUCAACAAGCCAAUAUUGCAGAAACACAUUAUUCGAAUCGUAAUGAUGAUUCCAGUCUACAGCUUAGAUGCUCUCUUUGGUCUCAUUUAUCCUACAUACUCUUUAUAUGUGGAUGCACUUCGUGAAAUUUAUGAGGCCUACGUUAUAUAUAACUUUAUGAGAUACCUACUUAAUUUCCUGAACUUAGAGAUGGAUUUUGUGAUUGCACUUCAGUAUAAAGAACAAGUUUAUCAUUUCUUUCCAAUGUGUUUUGUGAAGCCAUGGAGAAUGGGACGAGAACUGGUGCAUAAUUGCAAGCAUGGAAUUUUACAAUAUACUAUUGUGAGGCCAUUAACCACAAUAAUCGCAAUUAUUUGUCAACUAAAUGGCGUGUAUGGAGAGUCAACAUUCUCAUUCAAAAAUGCAUAUAUUUAUACAUUAGCUAUUAAUAAUUUUUCACAAUUUUGUGCUAUGUACUGCCUCGUACUAUUCUAUAAAGCAAAUUAUGAUGAACUAAAGCCAAUGAAACCAUUACCAAAAUUUCUGUGCAUCAAAAGUGUCAUAUUCUUCUCAUUCAUUCAAGGUGUGAUCAUCAAUGUUUUAGUAAAUUAUGAUUUUAUUAUUGACGUAUUUAACUCAGAUACAAAUGGUGAUAAACAAUUGCUCUCAUCAAGAUUACAAAACUUUCUCAUUUGCAUUGAAAUGUUUUUUGCUGCUUUAGCCCACCAAUAUUCAUUUCCUUACAAAACAUUCCAAAUCAAUGACGCGGAUGUUGAUGGAAAUUGGUUCAAAAAUUUCAUCUCAUCACUCGAUGUUGAUGACGUCCGCCAAGACCUUUCCGAACAUUUUGGUGUUGUCGGUGAUAGAAUUGCUGGAACGUUCCGGAGUCAGCCAAGUUACCUUCAAUAUUCCGAAAGUGAUCGUCUAGUAAGCUCAAGUAAUUAUGAGUCAAGAGUUGUGGCUGUGACUAGAGUAAAACAGCAAAAUUAUGGAACUACUUAUGAAUCGUCGAAAGAUGGAAGCCAAAAGUAUCGAACGGAGCCGAUUGGAAAGAACAAUAAAAGAUAUAGGAUAGUUGAGAUAGAAGAUAGUGAACCAACGCCAAGUUCUAGUACAAGAACGACAGCGUCAACGAGCAACAUGACACAAAGUAUGAUGAGUACUACAAGCACGACAAGUAGCUAUGGAAUCAAUGUUCGAGGUCCCGAAAAUGACCCAAUUAACUAUAGAAAUCCUGAUGUGUAAUGUUUAACUUCUUUAAAUGUGAAACAAACUAAAAUAAUAAGUUCAUUUCGGUAGAGAA